AUGGCUCAAUAACCGCUGCGAUGAAACACGAAACCAUCUUGUUACUCACUCACUCAGUCUUUUGCACUCUCAUUUUAAACAUGAAAGUAGUAGAUCAAUCAAUUCAAUCUCUAUUAAGAAACUGCAAUUCGAUCAUUCACCUCAAACAAAUUCACGCUCAAAUUCUACGCCACAAUCUCCAUGAACAACACUCAAUUACUUCCUCCAUUGUUACUCUGUACACCUCUCUCUCUCCUCGUCACACCCAUCUCCUCUUCUCUUCUCUUUCUCACUACGCCACUGCAUUUCUCUUCAAUCACUCAAUCAGAGUUUUCUCUAAAACCCCAUUUCUCUGCUAUGAAUCCUUGCAAUUAUACCUUCAAAUGAUUCGUUGUAAUGUAAAACCUGAUAAUUAUACUUACCCUUUUUUACUUAACUCGUGUGCUGCUCUUUGUGACCUUAAUCAUGGAUGUGAGGUUCAUGGGCGUGUUGUGAAAUCUGGUUUUUGUUCAAUUGUUGAGGUUUUUAAUGCUUUGAUUGAUAUGUAUGGGAAAUGUGGUAAGUUGGGUUGUGCACGCAAAGUGUUCGACGAAAUGCCUCAGAGAGAUGUAGUGUCUUAUAAUGCUGUUCUGGGUGCUUAUGCUAGAGUUGGGGAUGAUAUGGGGGAUGCCCAGAUGAUUUUUGAUGAAAUGCCUGUUAGAAAUUUGAUUUCUUGGAAUGCUAUGGUUGUAGGGUAUGUGAAUAAUGGUGAUUUGGAUUCGGCUCGAGCUACAUUUGAUAAGAUGUCUGAGAAGAAUGUUGUAACUUGGACGACAAUGCUAGUUGGUUAUACUAAAAAUAAAAUGAUGGAUAUGGCUAAAGUCCUUUUUGAGGCUAUGCCGGAGAAGACUUUAGUUUGUUGGACUGCUAUGAUUUCCGGGUAUGCUCAAAAUGGACAACCAAAUGAAGCAUUGAGGUAUUUUCGUAGAAUGCAAGGAGUACAUGUUAAGCCGGAUGCUUUUGCAAUGACUGCUGUAAUAUCUGUAUUGGCGCAGUUAGGACGUCCUGAUUUGGCCAAUUGGAUCAUGACAUUAGUGAAUCAAGAAGGCAUUGAGCGAAAUGUAAAAGUCCUUACUUCAUUGGUUGAUAUGCACGCUAAAUGUGGGAACAUUGAAGAAGCAUGUCGGUUGUUUGAGGAGAUUCCUCAGCCGGAUGUAUACCCGUAUAGUGCACUUAUAACAGGCCUUGCUUCACAUGGGCAUGGCAUCAGAGCGCUUGAGGUGUUUCAAAAAAUGUUGAUGGCGAAGGUUGAACCUGAUUAUAUAACUUUUGUUGGAGUAUUGAAUGCGUGUAGCCAUACGGGACUUGUUGAUGAUGGUUUAGCAUAUUGGGAGAGCAUGAUAAACGAUUACAAGAUUGAGCCGGAUGCAGAUCAUUAUGCUUGCGUAGUUGAUAUGCUUGGGCGUGCUGGGAGACUUGAGCAAGCGUAUAAGAUGCUCAAGAGUACGCCAAUGGAUCCUCACCCUGCAGCUUUUGGUGCUCUUCUUGCUGCCUGUCGAACUUAUAGCAAUGUUGAAAUAGCAGAACUUGUUGCUCAGGAACUAUUUAUAUUAGAACCUAAUAAUACUGGUAACUAUGUGCUUCUCUCUGGUAUCUAUGCUGAAAGAGAGCAAUGGGAUGAGGCUGAAAGAGUUCGAAAAGCUAUGAAGAAAAAGAUCACAGCUAAAUUACCUGGUCAUAGUUGGGUUGAAUCUAACAAAUACGGGAAAGUUUAUAGUGGCCCAGUGUGAGUGAACUGGGUAGAUGAUCAUGACAUAGGAAAACAGACUAUGUAAUGAUGGAUUCUGAUUUUGAGGUGGUAUUAAGGUACAUUGUUCUGAUUUCUGGAGUCCAAGUGCAGGAAUAUCAGCCGUCCUUUUGAUUUUAUAAUAUGUAGAGCUAUAAUCUUUCAUUGAUCUCUUUAUCAAAUUAAGAUAUCUUACCAGUUUCCUAAUGGCACGUCAGAAUUACUGCUCCCCUAGUUUGAUCGAGGUAAUAUGAUUGCUGGCUUGUACAUUUUUAACAGAACAAACAUAUUUAGAGUCAAUGUCUCAUGAAACUACUCUUGGAUUAUGUACAGAAUAUAGAGUGCAGGUGAGACUGCCAGAUGUGCUUGAGCUGAGGGUGAUUGUUGCUCCGUGUUUUACCUCAAGUUGGGGGAAUGAAUUAGUGUUGUUGCAGAGGAAUGGGAAAAUUGUGUUAGCCUGUUAGGCUAAAGGCUAAAGACCUAAUAAAACCGAUUAGGGACAAAUCUAGCUGCUGAAUUCUGGUUGAGGUUAUUAACAUUAACAACAUUGAGCUUACCGUCUUUUGCUGAUACCGCAAGGAGGACUCCAAUAAAACCGAAGGUGAGAAAUG